AUGCUUGGCUCCGUGCCGGCCACGGCCUCGCUCCCACCUAGCAGCCAGCCGACAACCUCAAGCAACGGCUCGACGCCGACAUCACCCAACAGACCAAGCCGCCUGCGAGGCCUGUCAUACCUCCGCAACUAUACCACCGCCCACCUGCACAACACGACGUCCCGCUCCCAGCAGAACCUCACUCGCUCGACUUCCACGCCAAGCAAUACCAACCCGAGCGAGAACGCGCCGCCGCUGCCAGAGCAGUCCGACUCGGAAGCGAAUGAGUCAGCAGGACAGCGUGGUACGGACGGUUGGCUUCCCACAGUGCAAGGUAGGAGUGGACUAAGCCGCGACACAGCACACCCGACGUCGUCAACCGAGGUAGCCUCGCCAGAGCGAAGCAUGAUGGCACGCACCCGCACGGCAAGCGCCUCUGCUGGUCCGACCCCGGCGCCUGUCUUCACUGAUGCUCUCUCUCAAUCUGUCCCGGCUAGGCCAGGAAUGAUGGAUGCAGCAUCUGGCACCUCCAACAACCCAGCCGACAGCUCCGCAACAGUGACAACAUUGAGCAGCAGCACUGCGACAGUACUUCCUAAAGGGACCAUGCCAAUGAUCCGCUUCUCUCCAUACGUCGAUGCUCGCAGCAGUCGCCCCGCGUUGCAGUUCGCAGCUCAGUCACGCACGCUCAAGUCUCAGAACAGCAUCGUCAAGGUCGGCAGGUACAGCGAGCGCGACAUUCCUACCGCCGCGGAUGCCACUUCAGUCACCCCGGUGGGCUUCAAGAGCAAGGUGGUCAGCAGGCGUCACUGCGAGUUCUGGUGCACCGAUGGUCAGUGGUGGGUCAAGGACGUCAAGUCGAGCUCGGGCACCUUCCUCAACCACAACCGCCUCAGCCCCGCAUGCACCGAGAGCAGGCCAUACAGGGUCAACGAUGGAGACAUCAUCCAGCUAGGCAUUGAUUUCAAGGGAGGAGAAGAAGUCAUCUUCCGCUGCGUCAAGAUCCGGAUCAACUGCAAUCGCGGAUGGCAGACUCGCCUGAACGAUUACAACAAGACAGCCCACAAGAAGCUUCUCGCGUCAACGAAGCCCAGGGAUGCCAGCUCACGUGCGUCCGACCUUUCCGUGAGCGAAGAGUGCACCAUCUGCCUCUGUGCCAUUGCGCCUUGUCAGGCUCUGUUCGUGGCGCCAUGCACGCAUGUCUGGCAUUUCAAAUGUAUCGGAAGUCUCUUGUUCGGUCCCAACUACCCGCACUUCACGUGCCCGAACUGCAGAGCCGUGGCGGAUCUUCAGGCAGACCCUGAUCCGCCGGAGGAUGACUUGCCUAUUACGCCUACCGAGUGGCGAGACCUGCUGGCACUUCCUGAGCACGCAGAAGAAGACGAAGAGGGCGGUGAAGCCGGAGGGGAUGAAGAUGGAGAGGGUGGCCAAGGUGGAGAAGGAGGGGAAGGAGGGGAAGAAAGCGAGGAGGCGGCGAAUCAGGACAGGGUCGAGGACGAUGCUGUGGAAGACCACGACAAUGGCGACGAAGACAAUCGCAGCGCGCUGGAGGAUGAGCAUCCUACAGAAGGCGACCCCGAAGCCGACCACGUCAACCACACCAAUGGCUCGAGUAAUGGCGCCGUUCAAAGGACCUUAGACCGUGAGCAGCGCACGGAUGGUGCCCCUCAGUCACAUCUGGAAUUAAUGAGGCGUGAGACUCGAACGGCUACCGGUGACCUUCAGCUUCCGAUGUACACUACGACUCCAAACCACGACCCGUACCACUCUCCAAACCCGAACAACCGAUUCGAGACUUACAGGCGCCCGGUCCGCUCGUUCCCACGCCCACACUCCGAGUACGAUGAGUUGACGCCUAUGUCUGUCCCUCCCACUUUCAGCUACCAGGACAACGACAACUUCACAUAUGUAGACUCUAAUGGAGAUCGCGCCAAUACUACUCCGCCGAAUGAGCCCAGCACUCCUCCGACUCCGCCAAUCCGGGACUUAAUGACCCAGACCACCCCGAUUCCCGCGGAAGAGUGGCCCUUCCGCACUGUGCUGCCGGGUGACCCACCACGAGGACCUUCGCGCACCCUCAUGCUCUCUUCCUACCCGGGGUGGGUUCCGUAUGAAGGAUACCGCGGUGUGGAUGCCGGGGUGAGGACUCAGGCGCAGAGAGAUGCCACGCCAAACGACUUUUGGGACCCGUAUGAUCCCGGCACGCCGAGGACUAGAAUGCCUCUCGCGAUGGCCGUAACUAUCGGUUCGGAACAGACGAUUGACAUUGGCGAGUGGAGGCCUGGUGGGAACCCGCCUGGGGAUCCUUAG